AUGAGGGAAAACCAACUGCCUGGGCCAGUCUUGAUUCUACUUUUCCUGCUCCUUCCCAGAAAUGCUGCAGAUCCUGUAAAACCGCAAUAUGUGGUGCUGGUCCCGGCACACCUCUACUCUGGAAUCCCCGAGAAGGCCUGUGUCUUACUGAGCCACUUGAAUGAAUCAGUGACAGUGAGCAUAACUUUGGAAGCUGAAUUACAAAGCUGGAACCUUCUCAAUAACCAAGUGGCAGAGGAGGGAUCAUUCCUCUGUCACUCCAUCACUAUUCCAGAGAUCCCUACUGCCACGGCGUUUAUUACUGUGCAGGUGAAGGGACAAACCCAACAGUUCACAAAAAGGAAGUCAAUGAGCAUAGGAAAAGUAGAGACCCUAGUCUUUGUUCAGACGGAUAAACCUAUCUACAAACCAGGACAAACAGUGAGAUUCCGCGUUGUCUCUGUGAAUACCAACUUUCACCCUAUGGAUGAAAUGUUUCCGGUGGUUUAUAUUGAGAAUCCCAAGAUGAAUAGAAUUUACCAAUGGCAAAAUCUUACAUUGCAAGGGGGACUCAGCCAGCUCUCUUUCCCACUCUCAGUGGAGCCCAGUCUGGGUAUUUACAAGGUCAUCUUGCUAAAGAAUUCAGGAAGAAAAAUAGAGCACACCUUCGAGGUGAUGGAAUAUGUUUUGCCCAAAUUUGAGGUCCAAGUGAAAGCACCUGAGACGAUUGGUUUUCUAGAUGAAGAAUUUGAAGUCUCUGUCUGUGGCCUAUACACAUAUGGAAAGCCUGUCCCUGGUCUGGUGACAAUUAAUGUAUGCAGACAAUAUUUACAAUACCAUUCCAACUGUCAGAACACCCGUUCAAGAUUAAUCUGUAGUAAAUUCAGCCAACAGGCAGACAACAAAGGCUGUUUCACAAAACGUAUAAAUGGUAAAAUGUUUCAGCUGCAACUACAAGGGUAUGACAUGUCAAUACAAGUAGAAGGCAAGAUCAAAGAGGAGGGGACAGAGUUGGAAAUAACUGGGCAAAAAAUUUGUAAAAUCAAAAAUACCUUAAGCACACUUAUUUUUGUAAAAGCAGAUUCACAUUUCAGACGUGGGCUUCCUUUCUUUGGGCAGGUUCUUCUAACUGAUGAGAAGAAUCAGCCAAUACCCAAUAAAACUGUAUUUGCCAGUGUGUCCGAAAUUACACGCCAGUACAACUUUACCACUAAUGAGCAUGGUUUGGCAACGAUUUCCAUUGAUACCACCAACUUCACUUCUUCUUCUAUUGCAGUUACAGUCAUUUACAAACGGAUUAACCAAUGUUUCGAUAACUUGUGGCUUCAAGAAUUUCAUACUCCUGCUUAUCACUCUGCAAGGCGUGUUUACUCCCCAAGUGAGAGUUAUAUUCAUCUUGAGCCUGUUAUUGGUACUUUGACCUGCGGCCAAACCCAGGAGGUCAGGAUACACUAUAUUCUGAGUGAACAGAUUCUGAAGAACCAAAAAGAGUUACCUUACUAUUUUCUGAUCAAAGCACGAGGAAGAAUCGCCCAAUCAGGAAUUGAUUUGUUGCCAAUUGAACAAGGAAAUAUGAAAGGAGUAUUUUCCUUGUCCUUUCGAGUGGAAUCAGAUAUUGCUCCAACUGCUCAAUUGCUUGUCUACACUAUUUUACCUAAUGGCGAAGUUGUUGCAGAUGUCCAGAAACUUGAGAUUGAAAAGUGUUUUGCCAACAAGGUAAAUUUGAGCUUCUCCUCAGCCCAGAGCAUGCCAGCUUCAGACACCCACCUGAAGGUCACAGCCACACCUCUUUCCCUCUGUGCACUCCGUGCCGUGGACCAGAGUGUGCUGUUAAUGAAACCUGAAGCUGAGCUCUCACCUCAAUCAGUCUAUAAUAUGCUACAAACAAAUGAUGCCCCAAAUAUUUUAUAUGGAGGGGUUAUGAAUGAAGAUGAUGAGGAGUGCAUCCCUGCAGAAGACAUAAUUAAGAAUGGAAACAUUUACGCACUAAGGCAUUUUGUGGGUGGUGAUGAUGAUAUCUACAAUAUCUUCCAGUCUGCAGGAUUAAGUAUUUUUACCAACUCGAAAGUCCGUAAGCCUCGUUUCUGUCCGAUGGCACUGCCUUACUCAUAUGCAAUGGGUCCUGUGGGCUAUGGGCAAGGAACUCCGAUAGCCCUACCAGGAGUUCUGGGACCUUAUCCUGUUGGAAGAUUCGCUUAUCCAACAGACAAUAUACCGACUUUCCAAGUAAAAGAGAUAAUUCGGAAACAUUUCCCUGAGACCUGGAUCUGGGAUUUGGUGGUACUCGAUUUAUCAGGUGGAAGUGAUAUAGCAGUGAAAGUUCCAGACACCAUCACAGAAUGGAAGACCAGUGCAUUCUGCUUGUCUAGUACAACAGGCCUUGGCCUCUCCCCUAUCAUCUCUCUUCAAGUCUUCCAGCCCUUCUUCCUAGAACUUACCCUUCCCUACUCUGUGGUACAAGGAGAAGCCUUCACACUCAAGGCCACGGUGCUCAACUAUUUGUCCUACUGCAUUCGGGUCAGUGUACAGAUGGAGAACUCUUCUGCCUUCGUUGCCAUCCCAGUAGAGAAGAAUGCAGAAUCUCAUUGCAUCUGUGAAAAUGGGAGGAAAACUGUGUCCUGGGUUGUGACCCCAAAGUCACUGGGGAAGGUGAAUGUCACAGCAUCGGCAGAAGCCCUACAGUCUCAGGAAUUGUGUGACAAAGAGGAACCUAAAAUUCCAUCAUUUGGACAGAAGGAUACAGUAGUCAAGACCUUGUUAGUUGAACCUGAAGGAAUAGAAAAGGAGGAAACUUUCAACUCAGUGCUAUGUGCAUCAGGUGCUGGAGUUCCUGAAAAGUUGUCUCUAAAAGUUCCUUCAAAUGUGGUUGCAGGAUCUACUAGGGCUACGUACACAGUUUUGGGUGAUAUACUAGGCUCUGCAAUACAAAACCUUCAGAAUCUUGUCCAAAUGCCCUAUGGAUGUGGAGAGCAGAAUAUGAUCCUUUUUGUCCCUAACAUCUAUGUUCUGUCCUAUCUGAAUGAAACACGACAACUAACAGAGAAGAUCAAGUCCAAAGCCAUCAGCCAUCUCAUCAGUGGAUACCAAAGACAGUUGAAUUAUAAGCACAAUGAUGGUUCAUACAGCACCUUUGGAAAUCUUGAUGGUUUGUCUCCAGGAAAUACAUGGCUCACUGCAUUUGUGCUCAAGUCCUUUGCACAAGCUAAGUCAUACAUCUUUGUGGAGACCUCACACAUGAUGAGUGCCCUCAGCUGGCUCACACAGAGGCAAAAGGAAAAUGGUUGUUUCCAGCGCUCUGGAUCACUGUUAAACAAUGCUAUUAAGGGUGGAGUCAAUGAUGAGGUGACACUCUCGGCCUACAUCACCAUUGCUCUGCUGGAGAUACCACUGCCCAGCGAUCACCCACUUGUCCGGAAUGCUCUCUUCUGUCUGGAAUCGGCCUGGAGAUCCAUCUCAGAGGCCCAGGAGAGUAAUGUCUACACAAAGGCUUUAUUGGCCUAUGCCUUUGCCCUAGCAGGAAACCAGGCCAAGAGAACUGAGCUGCUUAACUCACUAGACAAAGAGGCUGUGAAAGAAGAGGAUUCAAUCCACUGGCAACAUCCUAAGAAAUUUCAAGAAGCCAGUGUACUCUAUUAUCAACCCCGAGCUCCUUCCGUUGAUGUGGAAAUGACUUCGUACAUACUCCUUGCCUAUCUUACUGCCCUGCCUGGCCCAUCUUCAGCUGACCUGUCUGUGGCAUCACAUAUUGUGAAAUGGAUCACCAAGCAACAAAAUCCCUAUGGAGGUUUCUCAUCUACUCAGGAUACAGUGGUAGCUCUCCAAGCCCUCUCCAAAUAUGGAGCAAAGACUUUCACUAGGAGUGAGAAAGCAGCUACAGUCACAGUCAAAUCUUCAGGGGCCUUCUCUAAAGAAUUCCAAGUAGAUGAAGCCAACAACUUAUUGCUGCAGGAGGUCCAGCUGCCAGAGAUUCCAGGAGACUAUAGCACAAUGGUGUCAGGGACAGGAUGUGUAUACCUCCAGACAUCCCUAAGAUAUAACAUUAUGCUCCAGAAAGAAGAGAAAGCUCCUUUUGGCCUGAAGGUUGACACUGUCCCCAACAAUUGUGAUGGAGUAGCUGCUCACAAACGAUUUCAGAUUCACAUUGACGUUAGUUAUACUGGGAAACGAACCAGCUCCAACAUGGCCAUUGUUGAUGUGAAGAUGGUAUCAGGCUUUAUACCUGUGAAACCAUCAGUAAAACAGCUCAAAGAAAUGUGUCAGAUUCCAAGGACUGAAGUGAGCACCAACCAUGUCUUAGUUUACUUUAAGGAGCUAACAAAUCAAACCCUGAGUUUCUCUUUCUCGGUGGAACAAGACAUUCUAGUAGAGAAUUUAAAACCAGCUACAGUCAAAGUCUAUGAUUAUUAUGAAACAGAUGAAUUCACCAUUGAAGAGUAUAGUGCCCCCUGUAGUUCAGAAACACAACAGGGAAAUGUUUGA